GAAGAAUCGCGUUUAGAUGGACGGGCCAUCACCAUCGUCAUCAUCAUAAUUCCGGUGCUUGCAUCGAGUCUUUUAGGUGUAAUUGGCUCACUGACUGCAGAUCUGGACCCAUCAGGAGUUUUUCAAAGAGGAAGACGGAUGAGACCACAGAGUCUACCUGAGAAUGCGACCUGACCCUCUGCCUCACCAUGUCACUCUAGGAAAACUGUUAACCUGUCCCUUUUCCACACACCCUAUUUUUGCCUUUGUUAUCCCCAAUAACCCGCUGAGUUUGUGAUCCCUGUCUACACCCAGCUAAAGUCCUAGUGAUAUGACUAAAAGAGCCCUUAUUUUGGACAUGUUGUUUUUUCCUUUCAAUGCUGCCAGCCACCAAGGCUAUGGUGGAAAGCAUCAUUAUACUUCUCAGCAGAUUGCUAAUCACUGUCUGGUGUGGCUCUUGGGACUAGUGCUACACCUGACCCUUUCCUCGUGUCAACGGGUCGACCUGAAACACCCCAUAGUAUCCACAGGCUAUGGAAAGGUCCGUGGUAUCAGGAAGGAGCUCAACAAUGAGAUCUUGGGCCCAGUGGAACAGUACUUAGGUGUGCCAUAUGCCACCGCACCUAUCGGCGAGCGUCGCUUCCAGCCUCCCGAAGCUCCGGGCUCUUGGCAAGAGAUUCGCAAUGCCACCCAUUUUGCGCCCGUGUGUCCCCAGAAUGUGCACGGGGUUUUACCUGAGAUCAUGCUACCGGUGUGGUUCACAGACAACCUGGAUGCUGCAGCGACCUAUGUUCAGAACCAGAGUGAGGACUGCCUUUACCUCAACAUUUACGUACCCACUGAAGAUGGUCCGCUCACAAAAAAACAUGAUGACUCUACAAUGAACAGACCAAGGGAUGAAGAUAUUCGGGACCGUCGUAAGAAGCCCGUCAUGCUGUUCAUCCACGGCGGCUCCUACAUGGAGGGCUCGGGGAACAUGUUCGAUGGCAGCGUCCUCGCUGCCUAUGGAAAUGUCAUUGUCGUCACCAUGAACUAUCGGCUGGGUGUGCUCGGGUUUCUGAGCACAGGGGACCAGUCUGCUAAGGGGAACUAUGGCUUGUUGGACCAGAUCCAAGCCCUGCGCUGGCUCAAUGAAAACAUUGGCCACUUUGGAGGAGACCCAGAGAGAAUCACCAUCUUUGGCUCCGGAGCUGGUGCCGCCUGUGUGAACCUUCUCAUCCUCUCCCACCACUCCGAGGGCCUGUUCCAGAGGGCCAUCGCUCAGAGUGGCUCAGCCAUCUCCAGCUGGUCCGUCAACUACCGACCGCUGAUGUACACCAAGAUCCUGGCAAAGAAGGUUGGCUGCACUCUGGGGGACAUGGCCGAGCUGGUGGACUGCCUGCGGAGAAAGAGUUUCCGGGAGCUGGUGGACCAAGACAUCCAGCCUGCACGCUAUCACAUCGCCUUCGGACCUGUGGUGGACGGGGACGUGGUGCCAGACGACCCUGAGAUCCUCAUGCAGCAGGGCGAGUUCCUCAACUACGACAUAUUGCUGGGUGUCAACCAGGGUGAGGGCCUGAAGUUCGUGGAUGACAGUGAAGGAGAAGAUGGGAUAUCAGCAGCAUCAUUUGACUACACCAUCUCCAACUUUGUGGACAAUCUGUAUGGAUACCCUGAUGGUAAAGAUAUCCUGAGGGAAACCAUAAAAUUCAUGUACACAGACUGGGCUGACAGGGACAACAGUGACAUGCGUAGGAAGACCCUCCUUGCUCUGUUUACGGACCAUCAGUGGGUGGCCCCGGCUGUCGCCACCGCCAAGCUGCACGCUGAGUUCCAGUCGCCUGUCUACUUCUAUACGUUCCACCAUCACUGUCAGACCGAGGCCAGGCCAGACUGGGCAGACGCAGCCCAUGGAGACGAGAUCCCCUAUGUGUUUGGGAUUCCCAUGGUGGGAGCCACUGACCUCUUUCCCUGUAACUUCUCCAAGAACGACGUAAUGCUCAGUGCCGUAGUCAUGACAUACUGGACCAACUUCGCCAAGACAGGGGAUCCUAACCUUCCAGUUCCUCAGGACACCACCUUCAUCCACACCAAGCCCAACCGCUUCGAGGAGGUCAUCUGGACCAAGUUCAGCUCCAAAGACAAGCAGUACUUGCAUAUCGGCCUGAAGCCUCGUGUCAGAGACAACUACCGGGCUAACAAGGUGGCCUUCUGGCUGGAGCUGGUUCCACAUCUCCACAGCCUCCACGAGGAAAUCAUUAGCUCCUUCACAACUCGGCUGCCCCCCGGAGGCCCCAACCGCUGGAAGGGCCCUCACAACCCCGGUACCCGCUCCACGCGACACCCUGUAAUCUCCACCUAUCCUCCUGAUCCUGAGCCUGAUGGUUCAGAGAGACCCCGUUAUUCUCCCUUCCCCAGUGAGACUAGGGACUACUCCACCGAGCUGAGUGUGACGGUAGCUGUGGGCGCCUCGCUUCUUUUCCUGAAUGUGCUGGCCUUUGCUGCGCUUUACUACAAACGGGAUAAGCGCCACGAACUCAUGCAGAGACGCCACCGCCGACUUUCCCCUCAACGAGGCACGACAAUGGGCAUGGGUGUUGGCAUGGGAGUAGUAGGGGCCCCACCGCACAACGACCUGGCGCUGAGCCAGGAGGAGGAGCUGAUGUCGCUGCAGAUGAAGCAGCAAAGAGUGGAGCUGGAGCACGGCACGCCCCUCCCAUCCCGCGGCGUCCAUGGUGACCUAGAGCCUCUGCGGCCUCCUGUGUGCCCGCCCGACUACACAUUGGCCCUGCGGCGAGCACCAGAGGACGUGCCACUGAUGACAGCCAAUACCAUCACUAUGAUCCCCAGCACCAUCAGCAGCAUGCAGCCCCUCCACCCCUUCAACACUUAUCCCCCUGUCCCGGCCCCGUCCACUACACCUGUCCCCAGCCACAGCAACAAUGCCCUGCCACACCAACAUUCCACCACCCGUGUAUAGGACCAGGCACAACCUCUGCUACCCUGCUCUGGGCUUACAGAGACACACCACACAAACUGCUUCAUACAAACUUCACUCUCACCACCGCUCUCUCUUCUUCUUUACUAUAUCUUUGUCUUUUCUCAUGAAGCCCUCAAAUAAAGCUGCAGUUUGUAAGAUUUUAAGCAGUGAAAUACCUCUAAACUGUAAUCAUAAAUCAAGGAGCUGAUUAAAAAAACAAAACAAAAAAAAAACAAAGCUCCUUUGCCAAAAGCCUGUCAUCACAGGUACAUAGUGUUUUGCCCCGUUAAAGCUCUUUCAACAUCCGGUGCUUCGAUGAGC